AUGGCUCUUUUUAACGACGUGCUCAACAGUGCCAGAUACAACCCAAAGAUUAGGCCUCUGGUGAACCAAACAGCGACCCUUGAGGUCAGUGUAAUGUUUGAACUGCUGUCGGUGGUCGAGCUGGAUGACGUCAAGCAGAGUUUUACCUGUAACGGUUUUCUGGGAUUUGGCUGGGUAGAUGAGAUGCUAAAAUGGGACAAAGACCAAUAUGGAGGACAGGACCUUAUACAUCCGGUCCCAGAGGACAUCUGGAGACCACGUGUGGUCAUCAUGAACACGUUAGGGGACCGGGACCCGUUUGGUGAUGACGUUGCCCAUGGGUUAGCUGCCUGGACACCAGGAGCACUGUUGACCACAUCCUGUAAGCUGGACAUGACGUAUUACCCGUUUGACCAUCAGAGCUGCACUGUUCAGAUUCUUGCUAUGACGCUCUCAAUAGAAGAAAUGAAGUUCGUGGCGUCACAAAAUAAAGUUGCCCUGCAUUUUUUCACGAUAAAUGGUGAAUGGGAGUACUUGGAUUCAAGCUUGACGACAUCACCGAUUGGUGCAGGGACUUGGAUCAUGUCUUCCAUUGAUAUAACUUUUUUCUUGAAGAGGAGACCCACCUUUCUCCUCAUCAACAUUAUCCUCCCUGUUGUGUUUCUCUCUUUCCUCAAUCUGCUCGUCUUCCUCAUCCCAGUGGAGUCGGGUGAGAAAAUCAGCUACGGAAUUACAGUACUUCUGGCACUGUCUGUCUACAUGAGCAUGGUCAGCUCUAUGUUGCCCAGCUCCUCACUGACCACACCAAAGCUGACCCUCUACCUCUUUAUCCUCCUCAUCAUCUCGAUGCUCACUGUUAUCGACAGCAUCAUCAUCGUCUUCCUAAACAAUUUGGAGGAGAGAGAGGUCGCCCAUCCCAAGGCUCAACAACAUUUCAAAUCUGCUAACAGCAAGGACAAAAACACUCGAAGGGCCAUUAUUUCAUUAAGAAAAACGAGAAGCAACAAAAUCCAUGUAGUACCGCAAGGGAAUCAAUCACAUGCUAACGAUGACACGCCGCAAUAUAGUUCCACAGAGAAAGCAGCGAAUCAAGACGAAGAAUGGGAGACACCUCGCAGGAACAAGUACAAGACGAUAGGCAAACACAUAGACACCAUCUCGUUCGUUGUGUUUUUCAUCGUUUGGAUCUCUGUGUCUCUGGGCUUCCUGCUGAAUAUCUAUUUCUAG